ACCCAAAUUUUCAUUUUUCUUACGCUUGCCUCCUCCUUCUGAUCUGGGAAGCAAUCGUGCGAUUUAUCCUGCAUGGAUGAGGAGGCAAAAAGCGAGGACGAACGCCCCGCCGAUGGGACGACACCUGCAUCUAACCUCGCUGCUCUAAGCCAGCCUUCUAAUAACGGUGAUUCAACGAUAAUCAAAGACGACGAACAACAUACACCGACCGGCACACACGAGCUCGAACUAGGUCAAGAGUCUGAAGAGCCCCACAGUGACUACCCUGUACCCGGUUCUGUUAACACAGCCAGUAGCUCACCGGCGCUAACAUCACCUUCCUCGAAUGAAGCCCCACAGGAUCAAGCCAACACGAACAAUGUUCCAACCAGCGAAACACACAAGGCCGAAUCAUCACAAAUCAAUGUUGUACCAAAUUGCUUACCCGAACAGGCUUCUCUAGAACCAGCUCCAUUCAACCUGUCUGCAUCCAAUAGUACUGGCUUCCACCAAAGUGUCCCGUACAUCCAACCACCACCAUUUCCCUUCUUCCCCAUGGCUUCUGCCCAAGGAAGUCGCGAUAGGCCCCUUCAUCCGCCGCUGCAGCCGUUCUUUAUGCCACCGCCUAACGCACUUCUUCCACCUCAAAACUUCAACCCUUUUCCUAUGAACUACUACCCCAACGGCCUACAAUAUGCGCCCGGCGCAGCUAGGCCGAUUCCAUACUCGCCCAUCGUCGACCCUCUGCAAGUCUCUUCCGAAUGGAAAGAGUACACCGACCCCAAGACAGGCAACCCGUACUACGUACAUAGAAAGACAAUGAAAAAACAAUGGAAGAGGCCGGAGGGGUUUUUGACAAAAAAAGAGCUACUACGACCGGUUUGCGCCAAAAUCAUUGGCAAAUCAGAAUGGAAAGUCGUCACUACGUUAGGCGGGCGAGAUUAUUUUUACAACACACUAACCAAGACGACGUCUUGGGAAUUGCCGUCAGACUUCAAUACACCUAUUCUUCACCCCUCCGACGACGAAGACGAAGAGCAAAGCACCGAGCAGGAAGAGGGUACAUCCUCUCGCACAAAGAGAACGGAAACCCAACAUGAUGAUGACGGGCAGUCCAAGCGAGCGAAAACAGCAGAAGGAGACGAGACAAACAAAGAAGUCUCUGUAGAACAACAAAAGGAAUUUGUUAUUGAAUUCCCAGAAGACGUCGUACCCCAAAAUGAAGAUGAAUUUGAUAGGCGAACUCGUCUUUUUAAACGGCUACUCCGUGAAAAAAAUGUAGGCCCCGAUUCCGUAUGGCACGAUUUUAGUUCAGAACUCGCUCAGGACGAACGAUAUCAUUCAAUCGUGUCUCGAGCAGAGCGCAUGUCUAUUUUCGAAUCUUUCGUAAGGACUCGCCAAGCAGAAAUAAAGGCAGAGAAAAAAGAAAAAAUUGAAUCUGCAAAAACACAAUUCUUAGAGCUGGUCGAUGAACAAGCGAACAAAAUAUCGUACAAAACCACAUUCAGUGAAUUUAAGGAUUUACUCAGACAUGACCCAAGGUAUGCUGAGCUUCGAAGAGUAGACCCCGAUCAGAUCGGUGUCGCGUAUGAUCGAACCAUUGGCGAAUUAGAAGAGGCUCAUCGAAAAAGACGCAGAAAAUUCAAACUUGAAUUUUUAGACAUGCUGGAAGAAAAGUUGCACGCAGAAAUUUUGAGGAACAACAGGCUGAGGUGGGAGGAAGCGAAAUUGCUUUUGGAAGAUGAUCCAAGGUACAAUCGAGACAACCUGUCGAGUGAAGAUCGUCACCAACUAUUCCGACACUUUUUUGAAGACGUCAUGGACGAAUACGAAAAAAAGCUGAAAGAAGAAAGAAAGAAGAAAGAAGCCCUUCGAAGCCUGCAAGCCGAAGCAAGGCGAAACCAACUCAGAGAAGCUCGUUACCGAAAUAAGGAAAAAGAGAAAUUCAUAUUACAAGAAGAGGUUGAUAAUAUCAGUAGUUUAUAUUCUGAAUGCGUCAGCCGAGAAGUUCAGUGGGAGGAUGUCUUACAUUUGUUUGAGGCAGAUUAUCGUUUCAAUACGCAAUUUUUGACAUCACAAGACAAAAAAAAAAUGUUUGAAGACCAUCUUGACUCCAUUCGUAAGAAAAAGAAAAAUGCCUUUACUCGUCUAGUUGAAGAAACGGGAUGUGGGUUUAUAUUUAAAGAAUGGGAAGAAAUCAGUCAAGAAAUAGUAAAGGAUCCUAGGUUCAGAUCAGUCGAAGAUGGAAAAAAAGCGUUUGAAGAUAUAAAAAAAUCUAAGCUUGAAAAAAUUCAAACGGAUUUAGUCAAAUCUUUCAAAUCAAUUCCUUCGAUCACAAAGGAUACUGAUCUGGCGGACAGGUCUACGUACGACCACAUUCAUCUCAGCUUGCGCAGAGACCCAACCUGGUGUUAUAUGAGCAAUGAUAACAAAAAAUGGUGUUAUUUCAGAGAAGAAUUGCUUAAAGACUACAUUGAAUUACUUCAGAUGCCGUGCGACGAAGGAGAAAAAAUACGUGACAAUGCAGAAGGAAAUGACGACUAGCGCAAUACUGUAGCGCAGAAUUCGGUUUAUGUUUUUUUUGCGCGCUAGAAGGUCCCCGUUUCCGAUGGCUAUUUUUUUUUGGCCAGAUCAAUAUUUUGAACAGCCAAAAAUUAUACGGCGCAAGCUGAAAAAAUAUAUUUGCAAUAACAAAAAUCGUACUGCUCUCAAGGUAACAUUUUGUUUGGAAUGUGUAAUCUUUAUAUGCGCAUUUUAAGGAUACAGCACCCGUCAUACUGAAGAGUGGGUUAGAGUGAAAUGUCGAUUUUUGGCAAGACCCUUCUUUCUUCUAGUCAAGUAGAGUUUAUGGCAGGCGAUUGCUUGGUCUCUAUUAUCCCUAAACAAGAUUUUCCCGCUCUUAGUCUCAUUUCUGGAGACAUAAAAUCGCUAACUUGCUUCGAGGAAGCUACAGUUCCUCUUUGGCUGGCACUGUUUUUUAAACAGUCUAACAGCUGUGUUAUCGUCCCUCCAAAAUGGCUUAACAAGGACUAUUUAGAAAGCGUCCUAAAUUCUUCCGAACAAGGCGAAUCAAAUUUGCUUCCGUAUCAUUGGGUUGAAAUUGCUACUGUUUUGCUAGACAGUUUUCCGGAUGACAUUCCGGAUCACCAGGAGAUCCGCUGCCUUAUCGAGCACAUUUGGGACAAGCGCUCAUCGAGGAUGUGCGGCAAUUUACUCAAGGUCGUGAAGCUUUCUGAUGUGGUGUAUGUCCAUCUAACAAAGCUCAACUUGGGCGCGAUGGAAAUCAACACAAUAAAGCCUUUUUUUUUAGAGACUAUGAAUCAGCUUUACAAAUUGUCAGACGCAGCCGCGCCUGAUCAGCCGAGAUGAGACUAAAGUUCUCAGCUCAUCUGUGAACUCGGGCGCUCGAGAGACAGCACUUCAGGGCCAGAAAUGUAUCUGGAGAGAUGCUCAUAAAGAAUGCAUUCUCAUAAAAUAACAGGUUUAUGAUGUCA